GUCUGAUGGGUGGUCAGAUGGGCAGUUCACCUCUUCUAAUCUUCACUGUGUAUCAGGCAGGGUGUGAAAUAAAAGUAUACUGACAGACAGAAUUAAAUAUUUCAGGUGUGUAAUUAUAAUAUUCACAUGGUCUACUCGUCAUGCUUCAUUGUGCUUAUAUUGUUGUAAACAUUUCACUCUCACUGAAACAGACAUUGUUGGAAUCUCUCAUUUACUGUGUGACAUAACUAGAAAUUGUUACAUAGUUCGGGAUUAAGGGGACUUAACACCUGGAAAUGUAUGGAUUCUUAGAGAGUGUAUAAUACCUCUUUUGUGUUAGGAAGUGUUACUCUGAAGAACUGAUCAAAGUAGUUGUUGAGAACAGAAAGUGGAUCAUUUAAUUAUCCCAGUGGGUGACACAGCAGAGUGAAAAAUCUACCCUAACCAUGUAAAUAAAUGAAGUGAUUACCAUGCUGCUUCUCUGUGGGCUUUGUUUAGUGAUCAUUCUUCUGGGUUCUUUGGAAAAUAGUCUUGGAUUUAUGUUUCAAGAUGGAGUGGUUGUUCCCAAUGACCCGUACGUCUACAUUGGAGAUGACCUAGUCCUGUCCUGUAACCUGACCAAGCCAUUAGAUGAGGACUCCAAGUCCAUGUACUUCACACGGAACAGGAACGAAAUCAUUCCCUCUCAGUAUGUCUCUAUUGUCAACUCGCGCAGCAUUAAACUACGGAUGCCUAUCCUCUCCCCAGAAGACAGUGGAAAUUACAUCUGUAAAAUCAACAAGACCAAGGGGAAGACAGAGGUCAUUGGAUGGCAGGUGGUCAAGGUGGAAUAUAAACCACAGAGCGUUAAUAAGGACGACAUCAGCUGUCGCGUUUUCAACUGGGAGAAAAUGAAUUGUACGUGGAAACUUGGUGUGGAUUAUCUCCACAUGGAGGAUAUAAAAGUGGAACUAGUUUGGGCAGUAGCCUCGGAUAACAAGCAGUAUGACUGUCCCCAGCAGACCAAUACUUCCUGUGUGUGGGUUUCAGACAACAGUAAGGACCGCCUAAGGUGGAAUAUGCCCUACAGUAUGGGAAUCAUUGUACAGAAUGAGAAAACCAACGACCAAGUCAUCACAACUUUCAAUCAGAACACAGAGUCUAUUGUGCAGCCUGACAGUGUGACAGAUGUGGAUAUUAAUCCUAAUAGUACAUGUAUGAACAUCCAGUGGAAUCACUCAGACAAAAACAACCGUAAACUCUACAGAAUUCAGUAUAAAUCCCAGUGGAUGGAGGCAGCAGAGGAAAUAGAGACAGAGAGGGAGUUUGUAGUGAUUUGUAAUUUAAAACCUCACACAUGGUACACAGUGGAAAUCCAAGCUCGACCCCUGACCUCCCGCGGCAUAGUGACAGGUUUCUGGAGUGAUGUUGUGGCUAAUAUGGAAUUAACAAAAGAAGAUGUGCCAUCGGGGGCACCUGAUGUACGUUUGGGGAGUUAUGCUGAAUAUCCUUGUGGCUUGAGAUUUUGUCGAAAAAUUAUUGUUUACUGGAAGCCUGUGAAGAAAGAUCAAAGCAAUGGUGAAAUUUUACACUAUCAUGUGUCACUAAAGGAUCUACAAACAAGUGUAACAAUCCCUAGAAGCAUAGGCAACGUUACUAACCACGAGUUCAGUCUAGACAUCAACCAUGCCUAUGAAAUUCAAAUUAGGGCUGCUACUAAAGUGGGCACAUCAGAACAUGCAGCAUUUGUGUACAUUCCUUCACAGAGCAAAGAACCAGAGCAUCCAGAUGAAUUUUUGGUAGAACAGUCCAAUAUUGAUUCAGACAAGGAGCAGAUCGAUAUCAGCUGGCAGAAGCCUUCCUCCCUAAGCCCUGCCACCCAGAUCAUGUCUUAUACCCUGUACUGGUGCCGAGGGGCCCACCUCAUCCAAAACUGUCAGGAACCUAUCACCUGGAAGACUCUACAUCCCAAUAAUACACAUCACACAAUUAAAGUAGACAAGAAGUCUGUACAUAAUAUGUUGUUUGGGAUUUCUGUGGAGGUCAGAUCCCCAGGCUCAGGUUCACCCAACUGGACAAGUUCUGGCAUUAAAUGGAAUACCUGCAUCUACAAGAAAAAUGGCAAACCACUGAUUGCCCCAAAGAAUUUUCAUCUGUCUCCGUACAGUCCUGAGACCAGUAUUAAAGUAGAGUGGGACCCGUUCCAGUGUCACGAGACUGCUGGUUAUAUACAGACAUACAAGAUAAACUACUGCAUGGCUGAAAUGUCAGGAAACUGUACAGGAGACCUAUUCAAUGUAACUGUGUUGGGUAGAGAACACUCUACAGUUGUUCCUGAUCUGGAGCCUGGAUUCACCUACAGAUUCCAGAUGGAGUCAGAGGCAGAAGGCGGGAUUGGACCAAGCACAGAUCCGGUGUAUACUACUAUUCCUAUAGCAGCUUUGGAGACAGAGAGGAUAGUGGUUAUCAUAAGCAUAGUCCUGGUUGUGUUUGCAUUAACUUUGUGUGGAGUCAUCAUAUGUAUAAGGAGGUGCUAUCACACAGUGAAGAGUAAUCUACAGCCAUAUGAUAUUGUCAUUCCUAAUGUUCCUCUUCCACCUGUGAAAGUCCCAGCUUCAAUGCAAGAGAGCUCAUUUCUGGAACCUGACUUUCCAGUUCCAUUCAUCCCUGCAAAACCUUCACUCCAAAGUAAAGCCCCCCAGGGUAACAAUGAUGAUGACGAUGAUGAAGAUGAUGAUGAUGACAGCAUUUAUGCCAAAAUCAACGAGCCAGACUCCCACCCUUCCUCACCAGGAGAGGGUGCUGCUAAUGUUCCUCUUCUGAAUAAGAACAAUGACAACAUUUCUCAAGUCAAGGCACAAACAUUAGAUGAUGGAGUCAAUUUUAAAAACAAUGUUUACCUGGCUGAUUCUAUUAGAAAUGGAGUAAAGAACAGCGCUGAGACACUGCUAUGUAGACUUCACCCAUCGCAUAUUGCUAUGUACUCUUACAAUGGUGGCAAGCUCCUCCCUAAAGUCAAAAACCUAGCACCCCAAGAAGUGAACCCGAUUUCCAAGAAUCGGACAUUUGACACAGCAACCUUGGCUGCUUGUUCACCGUAUGGUUGUGUGGAUGUGACAGGCAAAGCCUACUCUGAAAAAGACCUUUGUACACACAAUGUUACUCACACUGUAGCACCAAAGAUGUGUGAUUCUCAUAAUCUUACAAAUGACUUGUCAGGUUCAUCAUUGGGUAGGAAUGGUCACGUGAUCAACAGUGCUACAGACCCAAGAGAAAACUACAACAUAAGAUUUACUCUUGACCGACGAAAACAGCUUGAAAGCUUCACUGAAAAUAACAUUCCAUUCAAUUUGCAUAAUUCUUGUGUAGGAGAUGAAAGGUUUCAUGUAAAUAACCUUGAGGACACUUUUGACAUGAAUGAAUCAAAUUACCUUCUAGAUAGUAGCCAAAACUACCCUAUCACUUCUUACUGCAAAGCAGAACCUGAUCCCAGUUUGUUAAUGGAACCAGAAUUUUCAAAUGACUUAAAUAUUCCCAGAUCGGGAUUAAGUGGAUAUGUGGACUACAAUCAGUAUAACAUCCAGUCUGGUAUUCCUGCAAUGACAGACUAUGUUACAACUAGUGCCAGUGAGAGACUCAUGAGAAAUUCAAAAGGGUCUGGUAACCAGUUAAAUGUGGCGGCGGGUACCAGACCAGUGAGUGAAGUGGUAACUGUACCGCCUCAUUUCUACGGCUCUCUAUCUCUCCUGGAUGAUGAUGGUGAAGUGACAGAGCUUUAAAUUAAUUAUCUUUUAUGAUGAGCUUUAAGUUACUGAGCUUUUAUCUCAAUCCUUGCUCGGCGAUGAUAUAUAUACACUCUAGCUUAAUUCAUAACAAGUCUCCUUGAUCUGACAGUGAUGGUAUUAAAGAGAAUUUAAUCUCAUGAAUGGUGACAUUGCAGUGUAUAAAUCUGGAUGCUAAAUUGACAUUAUGGAGCUUUAAAUUUCCUAAAUGUCUUUAAAGUGAGAAGUUUUUAUCGAUUGGCAGACCACAAGGAAGUAACAAUUGGGUCAAAUAUCAAAAAUGCCAAUUUGAAAGCAUUGUCACAGGGAAGUCCAAAUUUGUGAAGUUUGGUGAAAAUUAUGGCUAGUGUUGACAUUGGUAACUUUGUGUGACUUCAUUAUGAAAGGACAGUUAAGGUCUCAGAAUGUUUGCUGUGCUACACCUUCAUUCUUUACGCGUGCAAAUGAAAUAAAACAGCAGUUUUGUUACUGGUUUAUUUAUCAAGUUUUGAAACUUAACUUGACUGCUAAAAAGUGGAGAGAUUUCAUAGCUAAAGCAUGAACUAAUGUCCAAUUGAUAUUGAUCAUUAUUUGCCUCAUCAGUGUUUGUGGUUCGGUUAUCAAAUGAAUGUUUUCAUAUUUUGCAUAAGAUGCAUUUAUAGUCUUCACUACAUAUUAUGUACAUAUUCUCUUUUAUGUUGAAAUCACUAAACUAGUCUUUUUGAAUAAACCAAACUACAGUCCUACAUAAAAAAUAUACUGUAAAAUCACGUACUUUCCUGGGAUCAAAACUUAAUUUCAUGGUUGAAGAAGUGUUCAGUUCUUCACAUUUUGGGUGAAAAUGAAUUUUUGGCUUUUUUUAUACCAUAAAAACAUCAGAGAUUAAACCCAAAUAAAAAUUAGUGAUUUCAAAAUAAGCGAAUCACACAGAUGUUCAUGAACUUGUAGUAUGCACAUCUGUGUGAAUUUAUUAAAAUUGUCUUUGAUGCU